UGUAAACAAAAACAGAAAUUGUCUGCGCGUUCGUAUUCUUCCUUUGUGCGGCAUUGUGUUAUCGAAAUAAGUUUGCAAUAAAGUGAUUAAUUUCAUCAUCAAAAUAUAGAAAUUUGAGAUUUAGUUUUGUUUUAAGAGUUUAAAAAUGCUACUUCGAAAUAUUGAUACGGAAAAAGCAGCCUGUAUGAUUGCUAACUGGUAUGAGAUCUUCGAAAAAAAUACCAUAAAAUCUCAAAUCAUUCCGAUUCCGGUCGAUGUACUGGAUUACUUAAGGCAGGAUAUAGUAAUUUUACCAAAGGAGUGCACAAAUAUUCUGUCACCGGAUGCAACGAGAACAAAACAUUUCAACUCGUAUAAUGACCAAUUCAGUGACGAUGAAGAAGAUGGGGAUACACUGCCAGAGUUCCCGGAGUUCAGUAGACAAAUAGCUGACGCAAUCGAAAAAUUAGGAGGUUCCGCAUUUUUGAAGACCGAUUGGCAUUGUCCGAAAGAUGCACAAUGGAUUACUUUGGGUCAGACGCUUUGUGUGAAAGACAUAACUGAUGUGUACCAGUUAUUGAAAGCGUCCAGCUUUUGUAAAGAAGACUUUGCCGAAAGAUCCUCUAGUAUGGGCGAGUAUCAUGUGGUGAUAAAGAAAUGGCGUGAUAUUCAUCCAGGAUCAGAAUUUCGAUGUUUCGUUAAAAACAAAUCAUUGAUAGCCAUCUCACCUAGACAUUGGCCUUCUUAUCAUGAACAUAUUGCAACUGAACGUAGCGACAUUGUUUCUGAUAUUGUAUCCUUAUUUAAAGAAAAGAUAAAAAAUCGAUUCCCUCUGACAAAUUAUGUAUUUGAUGUAUAUCGCCCAACGAAAGACAAGGUCAUUAUUAUGGAUUUUUCACUUUACGGAAAAGGUUACUCGGAUAGUUUAGCAUUCGAUUAUCAUCAGUUGGAGGCGGAUGCUAUUGCUGCUACAAUAGAUGAAGAAGACGACCCGGAAUUUCGCUACUUACCGGAAGAUUGUGGAAUUCAACCAAAUAAAAGGAAUAAUUACGGCUUUCCUCAGGAUGUUAUUGAUAUGUUUCGAAGUGAAAGCGGACCUUCAACUUCGUCCAAUAGAAAUGGCGAAGAUGAAAGUAGGCUGAUUCACAGAUUGAUAGAUGAGUGGCAUAUUCAAACGAAAAAUGACAACAGCAAUGAUGAGUAGACUCUAGACUUGUAAAUAUAUAUUCUGAAAA